AUGGGCUCUGUCAGUAGCUCGACCACCAGUGGCGCUGUCCCGGUACUGGACGUCGAGUCACUCGAUGACGUACUUCGUGACAAGAAGGAGUCGGCGAAACAUGACGUGAUGAUGGACCAACGUGGGAAGAAGAUCAGCCAGUCGCGUAGGAUGCAGAGGCAUCUGCGAGGGAUGCGGUGGCGGCUGAAAAUCAUUCAAAAGCUGAUGCAGGAAGCGACGUGGCAGAGCAGGUUUCGCUUUACGCUGCAAGUAAAGAAGACCGCUGCAGGAGGCUCGUGUGUGUCGUCGACGGUGGCGGUACUCCAAGCAAAGGAUCGGUCAGCUGAUGUCCAGAUACUGAAGCCGACCACGUGUGUUGACGAGUCGUUGCGACUUGUUUCGGGCUCGUUCGGCAGAAGCGCCGACAACGUGUCAACGGAUACCGUGAACUGCGACAGACGUGGUGACGAUGGCAGCAGCACAAUCUCAAGUGACGAGGACGAGCCUCAGGCGAGCGCAACGAGAACGCUGCAAACUCAGAUAAACCUGUUGCAGACGCGGCUACAAGAUGCGACGGACGAAAACCAGCAAUUGCAGAGCACCGUCCAGCGAUUGACGCAGGAAAACGCUCGACUUGAAGCUCGGACGAACCCUUCUUACUCGCCGGAUGAUUGUUGCAAGGGCGACGGUGGGUCAACUACGUUGGAACCACGCGACCAGGAUCUGCAUGACAAGGUCGACGAUGACAACGACGACGAUGACGACCAGAAUCGGAAGACAGCUUGCUCGUCUACUGCAACAUGUGGAGGUAUGUCAGCGUUUCAGCUUAUCAUGCUGGAGGACAUGAAGGCUCUCAGAAACCAUGAGCAGUGCCAGCGGAAGCUGCACGAGCUGUGGGAUACCGUGUGGAAGCUCAAGGCGUUUGUGGAAGCGUACGCGCUCGAACGAAAUCUCAUGAAACUCCAGCGCGAUGAUGCUCUUGCCGAGGCAGAGCGGGCAGACGCUGAAAACGUGAAGCUGGCAAGCAGCGGCAACCUGCAGCAGAAGAUCAAGUAUUUGGAGCAACUGAAGAACGACAACCGCUCAUUGCGUCGAAAGAAUCGGGCAAUGAACGUGAGGAUAGCCAAGUACAGGGCUGAGCUCGUUCGAGCGAAGAGCGGCUGCUCACUGAGUGAGGAUCGUCAUACGACGGCAAUUGAGACGACCGACUCUGCAUCGCUCGAUGACGUCCUGCACGAGUUGGGUGAGCCCGCUGUGCGCACUGACGAAGAGAUUCUGCGCAGCAUGCGGGACUUCAGUCGAUUCUUGGAACAGCGUCUCAUGCGGUUACGCCUGGCGAAGCAGGACCUCGUUGCAAGCGACGAAGGAUCGAUGGAGCAGUUGCGAUUCAGCAAUCCUCGGCCGGUCAUACGUGAGCCGUCGGGACGGACCAGCACUUAG